AGCGUUCUCUCAUAUAUCUUCCACUAUUCUCCUCCUUGUACAGUUGAUAACUUAGCCAUGGCUUCUUCUGCUGGGAAAUCCAUCAUCACUGUCCUAUUCCUUGUGUCUCUGACAAGCAUGGUGAUGAGUUCCAGUACUGUAGCAGCUCGUCAUCUUCUGCAAACAACACAGCCUUCGAUACCAAACAUGCCUGGAAUUCCAAGUAACUUGCCUAAGCCUACAGGAUUGCCACCUUUGCCUUCAAUCCCAACAAAUAACAUUCCUCCUUUGCCAACAAAUAUCCCAAACCUGCCAAAACCCAAUUCUCUUCCUCCUCUUCCUUCUAUGCCCACCAUUCCUAAACUGCCACAAGCCACAUUUCCUCCAUUGCCUAACAUUCCUUCUGUUCCCACUAUCCCUACUACUAUGCCCUCCAUUCCAUUCUUCUCUCCUCCUCCUUCUAAUUAAAACCACAAAAUUAUCAUUCACUUAUUAUUUUGUUCAUUCCAGUGUUAUUAGUUGUUUCAUCUAUUGUGGCUGCUACUACUCAACAGCAUAUAUACUUAUAAUUUCACUUGUAUUGGUAUAAAUUGCUUUAGCUCGUAUAUGUCUCUGUAUGUUAGGAAAAAUUGUACGUGGCUCCAUGUCAUUUUUCCCUUUACUUUUCAUUUGGUAUGAAAUUUGGGACAUUGUGUGUAUUUUUCUGUAUUCCUUAGGCGUUCUUAUUGUUGAUUGUAAUCUUUUCCACACUUGCUAUAUACAAUAAUGCACUUGUGGCGAUGUUCAUCCA